ACACUUAAUAAUCCGUGAUACAGUACUAAGUUAAUCUCCGUAGUUCAUGUACUAAGAUAUUCCCUGCAUCUCCUAUAUAUUUAGAGCACAAAUAACUCAGCAAAGCACUCUCAACUCUUCUGCAAAUUACUUGCUUCAUAUAUUUUUAUGGCCAUAAGCAGAGCUUCUUCACUUUCAUCCUCUAAGCAGCUUCUCCACAGCCUCUCUUCUCGUCUCAUCAGGCCUCUCAGCACCUACCCUGCUGUCUCAUCUCUAGGUCUUGCUGAAAAACAUGAACCUGGUCUUGUUUCUGAUGAUGUCAAGGGGCUGUUCUCUUCGGUGCCUACUGGGAAACUCUUGAGGUCGUUUUUGACGCUCAAGAUGGUGGCCUCGGAGCCUGUGGUGGAUUUGGGCACGUGGGUUAUGACGUCCAGGCUGAUGAAAACGGCUCUGUUUCGGGAAAUUGUGGUGGGGGUUACUAAGGCCACGUUUUUCGAUCAUUUUGUGGCGGGUACUAAUCAUGAAGAAGCUGGAGAGAUUGUCAAGAUGCUGUGGAAUGAUGGGCUUAGUGGAAUGUUGGAUUAUGGAUUGGAGCAUGCUUAUGAUAAUGUUUCUUGUGAUUUGAAUAUGGAGGCCUUUGUGAAGACCAUCGAAUCAACAAAAUCGCUUCCACAGUCUUCUGUAAGUGCUGCGGUGGUGAAGAUCACAGCAAUCUGUCCGGUUGAUUUGCUGAAGCGAAUGAGCGAUUUGCUGAGAUGGGAAUACAAGGAAAAGAGUUUUAAUCUGCCAUGGAAGAUGAAUACUCUUCCAAUUUUCUCUGAUUCAAGUCCUCUGUACCAUACUCUGCAUGAACCAGAAGCGUUGAAUUCACAGGAAGAGAAAGAUCUUGAAUUAGCCCACCAAAGGCUAAAUAAGAUCAUACAAAAAUGUCAAGAAGCUCUUGUGCCUUUGGUUAUUGAUGCAGAGGAGACUCUGAUUCAACCUGCCAUUGAUUAUUUUACGUACUCAGCAGCAAUCGUGCACUCAAAAGAGGAUUCUGCAAUGAUUUACGGGACAUUUCAAGCGUAUUUAAAAGAUACAAAGGAAAGAUUGGUAUGUGCAAAGAGAGCUGCAGACAAGAUGGGUCUGCGUAUGGGUGUUAAGUUAGUAAGGGGAGCUUAUUUGUCUACUGAAAGCCAAGUAGCCGCUUCUUUAGGCUAUGACUCUCCGAUUCAUAGUAGUAUCCAGCAUACUCAUGAUUGUUAUAAUGACUGUGCUUCUUUUAUGCUUAAUGAGGUUGCUACUGGCCCUGGAUCACUUGUUCUUGCAACUCAUAAUUUCGAGUCAGGCAAAUUGGCUGCAGCGCAAGCGCGGGAUUUAGGUAUUGGGAAGGACAGACAGAAGCUCCAGUUUGCCCAACUAUAUGGAAUGGCAGAAGCUAUGACUUAUGGACUGAAGAAUGCUGGAUUUCAAGUGAGUAAGUAUUUGCCGUUUGGACCUGUGGAACAAAUUAUGCCUUACCUUGUAAGAAGAGCGGAAGAGAAUAGAGGGAUGUUAUCAACUUCAAGCCUGGAUCGACAGCUUAUGAAGCUGGAGCUUAACAGGAGAGUGAAAGCUGCAAUUCUCUGAGUGAUGAUGAAGAAAAAAGUAGGUGAAUGUAAAAGUUUAUAACUAAGCUUUAUGGUAAAUGUAUCUCAAUGUUGAAUUAAUUUCACAUAUGUAAAAGGAGUAAGUUCCAACUGUCUAUCAAUCUAUCAUCUGAUUCUGGUAAAUGUAUUACUUCCUGUCUAAAAAAUGCAGAGCAGAUGAAUUGUGUUCUUUGUUUUCUUCAUAGCAGUCAUAUUGUUACA